AUGACAGCAGUGGUUGAAGAAGAGGAGCCUUGGACCCUUCACUUCGACGGGUCAGCCACGGCUAACGGAGGAGGAGCUGGAGUUGUACUCGAGGACCCUAAGGGGCAUGCCAAGUCCCUUUCAUUCAAGCUAAACUUCUCAUGCACUAAUAAUGUGGCAGAGUAUGAAGCUUUUAUUGCUGGGCUUGCAACUGCACAUGAAUUGAGAGUCAAGAAAAUCAGAGUCAUCGGGGAUUCAAACUUAGUCAUCAGCCAAUUGAAGGGAGAUUUUGCGGUGAAAGAAGUGACCUUGGCACCUUAUAGAACUUUGGCAGAAAGGUUAAUCAAGAAGUUUGAGCAGAUAACUCUUGAGCACAUUCCCGGCAGCACUAACAGAUAUGCGGAUGCUUUGGCUACCCUUGGUUCCAAGCUUUCAUUCACAAGGGAGCAACCCAACAUCACGGUAAUUCAAAAUAACAAGCCAUGUGUAGAAGCUAUGAUUUUCUCAAGCCCAUCAAGUGAGAAAGAUUGGCGAGAAGGUGUCAAGGGCGAGAUGGCUCAGUUGGACAAGGAAGAUAGACUCAGAACACUAGGAGACUAUAGUUUGAUAUUUGGGGAAUUGUACAAGCGUCUUUCUGGAGGAGUUUUAGCCCGCUGUGUAGAUGAAGAAGAAGCUCGGAGGAGAUUGCAAGAAGUACAUAAGGCCACUUGUAGGGUGAGCAAGUGGUCAGCUUAUACCGGAGACUGCAACGUAGGGGUUAUUAUUGGCCAAACAUGA